AUGACCACUUCGAACUCCCGACGGUCGCGACGCAUAAGUGCUCAAGAGUUAAGUGGUCUAGAAGUACCAGCUUACAUUGAUAACGCGCCACCUUCAUCCAGAAAUCGAAAUCGAAGUACUCGAACGGCUAAGACCGAGGAGGAUGAACCUGUGACACCACUGCACAAGAAGAGAAAGUUAAAUACAGCGUCGGGUCCUCCUCAAGAGGUCGUAGCUAAUUUGAUGACAAAGCAUAGCUUGUUGGUAAAUGAAUUAUUCAACUUAAAGGAAUACAAAUCUGUAGUUUACUGGGAUCCGGCUAUUUAUUCAAAGACUACAACCCCUCUUCCUGAAAUAUUUGAGGAAUUUUGUAAAGCUCCCGAGUAUCAAUUAAAUUGGAGCGAAAAUGCUGAAGAAGAACAACGUGAAUUGAUCAGUGUACCAUUAAGGCUUCAAAAGAAGAUUAUCGCUGAGCGUGAAACAAAAAUCAAUAAGACGUACCCGUUCAAACCGGCCGCAAUAGAGAAGAGUAUUGAGUUAGAAGAACAAUACCUUAGGGCCAUAGAUAGUUCGACGAAAGGUGUUUCCAUCGAAACAAAGGUUAAAAGCGGAUCAAGCAAUACGUCACUUAAGAUAGAACCCAUAGAAUCGAAACCUUCCAGCACAAAAGUGAAACAAGAUAGAAUCACAUCAUCCAAGCCAAAUGGAGAAUCAAAGCAAUCGUCAACUAUAGCUCCACCCUCAACUAAGGGAAAUACCAAAAGAUCGAAUAACAAAGCGGUUAGUACUAUCAAAGAGGAAAAUGAAACUCUCGAGGAACAUGAUCCGGAUGUGGAUACUAAGGUAGAACUGUCAGAGGAGGAAGAAAUUAAUACAAAUUAUAAAAUUAAAGAAGUAAAGUUUUCAAUUCCACCUCCAUUGGUAACACAUCCAUCACACAUCCCUUCUUGGAUACCGAGUCUAGAUGAUAAUAUGAAUAAUAAUAAUAAUGGUAAUGAGAAGUCCGACACGAUUCUAGAGUUUGAUACCAAGCCAAUUCAAGUACAUGUUAAUAGCAAGAGUCAUGUAUUAGAGCAACCAGAGAUUCAAAGUAAGAUCCAGAAUUUCCUUCAAAAUAGAUAUAAAUCUGCAAUCGUUGAUGAAUCUACGUUACCGGACUAUAACAGUACUCCAGAAGAAUACGAGGCUAUAAUGGAACAACAAGAAACACUUGUACGAAAAUUAUACCAAAAGAUUCAUAUUGAAAGAAGGUUGGAGCUUAAUGGUGAAAAAAUUGAACCUAGAAAGACCUUUUUACCUCAAACCAAUGCCAAAACAAUUAUAGAUCCAUUUAGAGCAAAUGAUCUUAUUAUUACAGCCAAGUCUGUACAAGGUACGGUACCUUCAGCCACACAUCAAGAUAUACUAUUGUCACAAGGUAUGGCAUUUUCUAAAUUACACCAACAAGCAAGAAAGCAACAUCAAGUACGGACAAGAAAAGUUGCACAAAUGAUAGAACUGUACUUCAAAAAGAAAAGAGGAGAAAAGGAAAGGCUUGCCCGUGAACGUGAACUUAACUUGAAAAAAAUCAGUCGUUUGGCAGUUCAAGCUGUUAAGAGAAGAUGGGUCCAAGCCAGUAAAGUUUACCGUCACUUACAACAAGAAGAGGAAGAAGAACUAAAGAGAAUUAAAGGUAGAGAGCAUCUUUCUCAGAUGUUGGAGCACUCUACUCAGCUUUUAGAAGCCCAGCUUGCCAAGCCAGCCGAGGAGGAGAAGACAGGAGAAGAGGAUGCAUCAGGAGGUGAUAGUGAUGGGUCCAGUGACUCUGAUGAUCAUCUCAGUUCUAGUUCGGAUGAAGAGCUGGAGGAAGAAUAUGAAAGUGUCGCUAUAGGCACUACUUCCGGUGAUGAGAACCUCACAGUCGAAGAAUUAAGAUCUAAAUAUAAAGAUUUAGGUGAAACAACAACCCCUAUAUCUUCACGCACAAACUCCGGAUCAGACUCCGAUGAUGAUUCUGACAGUGACAUUGAUGUAAAUGAUGGGUUGUCAGCGUUAUAUGGUGGCAAAAGUAAGACACCAGAAAUAACGGGCGACACACCUAUCUCUGUAGAAUACACUGAGGAACAGAAGGAGAUGAUUGAAUCAAUUUCGAAGGAUGACAAUAUAUCUGUUCUUGACUCCAGUGAUAGCAGCGAUAUGGAUGAGAGCGAUGACAGUUCCAACGAUAGUUCAAGCGAUGCAAGUGAAUCAGAAGCUGAAUCCAAGAGUGUAGGUUUAUCUUCCUUAUUCGCGAAUGGUUCAGUUGAGGAUGAAAACUCUGACGCGGAUGUUGAUGCAGAUGUUGAUGUUGACAUGAAUUCUGAUAGUGAUGAUGAUAAUAUGAGUAUGACUACCGAUGAAGAUGACGAGCCAAAAACACCAAAAACCUCCGAUUUAUCAUCAAUAGACGAGAAAGGUGGAGAAGAUAUUGUCGAGGAAGAAAUCAAUGGAUCAAAAGUCCGUGAUGUUCCAAUUCCUUCUUUACUCCGAGGAACACUCAGACCUUAUCAAAAACAAGGAUUGAACUGGAUGGCCAGUUUGUACAACAAUAAUACAAAUGGUAUAUUGGCCGAUGAAAUGGGUCUUGGAAAAACAAUCCAAACCAUCUCUUUAUUAUCUUAUUUAGCAUGUGAGCAUCAAAUAUGGGGACCACACUUAAUUGUUGUUCCAACUUCGGUCAUGCUUAACUGGGAAAUGGAAUUCAAAAAAUUUGCGCCUGGUUUCAAAGUUUUGACUUACUAUGGAUCUCCACAACAAAGAGCUGCAAAACGAAAGGGAUGGAACAAACCAGAUGCUUUCCACGUCUGCAUCACAUCUUAUCAAUUGGUUGUCCAUGACCACCAGUCAUUUAAGAGAAGAAGAUGGAGAUACAUGAUCUUAGACGAAGCUCACAAUAUCAAAAAUUUUAGAUCAACCCGUUGGAGAGCUUUGCUUAAUUUCAAUACAGAAAAUAGACUUUUGCUUACCGGUACUCCUUUGCAAAAUAAUCUUAUGGAAUUGUGGUCCUUACUUUACUUUUUAAUGCCUUCGUCAAAGGUCAACCAAGCAAUGCCCGAUGGAUUCGCCAACUUGGAGGACUUCCAAACUUGGUUCGGAAAACCUGUUGAUAGAAUCUUAGAGCAAACAUCAGCUGGAACUGCAAAUCCCGAUUUAAUUGAUGAAUCCGAAAAAACUACCGCAAAAUUGGAUUCAGAAACAAGAAAUACAGUGGCUAGAUUGCAUCAAGUUUUAAGACCUUACUUGCUUCGUAGAUUAAAGAAGGACGUGGAAAAGCAAAUGCCUGGAAAGUAUGAACAUAUCGUAUAUUGUCGAUUAUCUAAAAGACAAAGAUAUUUAUAUGAUGAUUUCAUGUCGCGAGCAAAAACUAAAGAAACUCUUGCAUCUGGAAACUUCCUUUCAAUUAUCAAUUGCUUGAUGCAAUUGAGAAAAGUCUGUAAUCAUCCGGAUUUGUUUGAGGUGCGGCCAAUCGUGACUUCGUUUGCCAUGCCUCAUUGCGUUUCAACCGAUUAUCAAGAGCAUGAAGCUUCUAUUCGUAGAUGUCUUCGGGAUGAAUCUUUUAGAAAUGAUAUAUCUUUAAAUGUUCUUAACCUCGAUAUUACUAGCUCAGAUAAUUUGAAUUACUUCACCAGUAAAUCUAUCGAGCUACUUAAGGCAUCAAAAGAUCUAGAAUCCCAGAUCAAGGAACUUGAUGUAUUGAUUGAAGCUUCUCUGGAUUUCAAGCAACCAAAGUUAAAUGAUCAUGUAGAAUAUUACAAGUUUCACAAACUUAGACUACAGAUUGAAGUUCAAGAAAAGCUCAAGCAAAUUUUGUAUUUGAACAACUUGAGAUGUAGCAGACAGCCAUUAUACGGGGAACAAUUGUUGAAAAAACUCAAGCUUGAUCUGGGUGUAUUAUCAGACAUAUAUAAUGAUAUUGUUUUGUCAAUUGAUCAACGAAGUGAAUUGAUGUCUGAUACCAUUGAAAAGUUUUCAGUGCUCACUCCAGCUGUUGUUACAUUGGAUAUGAAAGAUCAAAUCAUUCCAUUAUCUACACAAUAUAAGGUUAUGGAAGAAGUAUCGAAACAAACAAUAGAUAACCCAUUCCAUAAGUCACAAGUUAAACUUUCCAUCGCAUUCCCUGACAAAUCGUUGUUACAAUAUGACUGUGGGAAAUUACAGAAGUUGGCCCUGUUACUUCAAGAGUUGACUGCUGGUGGUCAUAGGGCGUUGAUUUUUACUCAAAUGACCAAAGUGUUAGAUAUUCUUGAACAAUUCCUUAAUAUCCAUGGAUAUAGAUAUAUGAGAUUAGAUGGGUCUACCAAGAUUGAAGAUCGUCAAAUUUUAACAGAAAGUUUUAAUAGAGAUAACAAAAUUCCUGUGUUCAUCCUUUCAACACGUUCUGGUGGGUUAGGUAUUAAUUUAACUGGGGCUGAUACAGUUAUCUUUUAUGAUUCUGAUUGGAAUCCAGCUAUGGACAAACAAUGUCAAGACAGAUGUCAUAGAAUUGGACAGAGUAGAGAUGUCCAUAUCUAUCGAUUUGUUUCUGAAUACACCAUUGAAUCUAAUAUUUUGCGGAAGGCUAACCAGAAGAGACAAUUGGAUAAUGUUGUUAUUCAAGAUGGUGAGUUUACAACUGAUUACUUUGGUAAAUUUUCUGUUAAGGAUUUAGUUGGUAAUGCUGACAUUGAGGGUGUAGCAGACAAGCCUAUUGGAGCAGAAAUUGGUAACGUUGACAGUGUCUUAGCUCAAGCUGAAGAUGAAGACGAUCGUGCAGCUGCUAAUGCAGCCAUGAAGGAAAUUCAAGUAGAUGACGAAGAUUUCGAUGAAGAAAACAAACCAACAACCACUGGUGGUACCCCUGCAAGCACCCCAGGUCCUACUCCGACGAUGUCAGGUACUCCUGCGCCAGUACCAGAAGCUCAUGUUAACCCCGACUUAGCUGAUGUUGAUUUUGAGGAAGGUGUUGGGCACGUCGAUGAAUAUAUGCUUAGGUUUAUUGCAGAUGGGAAUUACUGGGAUUAA